AUGGAGGCCUAUCCCGAAGACUAUGUCGCCCAUAACCUGCCCUUCAUCGCCCUAGCUGGUCUGCCAAUCUCCGAGUCGUCUACCGAUGCAUCGACCACGCCGUCUUCAAACCCUCUUCAAGGUGGUGGCCUAAGGAUUACCGACAACUCUCCCCCACUACCUGGUCCUCAUGCCGAUUCCAUCUUGGACGAAUUCUUGCGAACUCAUGGCGCUUCUCUGUCUUGGAGUGACCAGGCCUUGGCCGAAAGAUCUGGUCUGAUAGGCUUCAAGUUGUCGAGUGUUGGGAGGGUAGNNUCCUUUGUCUAUCCUCCCAGGAAGGCCGCUCCUCCGCCUAUCGUGCCCUCUCAAUCUCCUCCAGCAAGUCCCAAUCCCUCUUCUUCCACCAGCCAUGACCUCCAUUCGCCUUUAUCUCCGCUCUCUCCUUCUUCUCCUGUCUUUCCCGAUGGUCUUAUGACUCCUCUAUGGCUGGCAAAACAUCAGUCCCGCAUUCCUGCUGUCUAUCUCUCCUUCCAAACGUUGGACUCAGAUCCGAGCAACGAUGCCGCCUUGAAAACCCACAUCAACGAUACGAGAAAUGAAAUCAUCAGAUCCGGCUUCAAGACGAGAUACGCUGUCGUUCUCGUCUCAGAUGAUGCUGCCAUUUCUCCUCUCGACUUUGAAGAACGCCUCGCCAACAUCAGGAGAGCAACUUCCCUCGAUCCAAAGAUUUCGUGCUUUCACUUUGAUGUGUCUGACUCCCAGACCGACCUGCCUACCUUUGUUUCGAGUGUCUUGAGAGCGUUACAGCCUGUUUGCAUCGAUUACUACAGAGACCUAACAAAACAUUCGAGAAGGAAACGAGGUCGUGCUGCUCCUCCGCCUAUAACCGCUGCGGCAAGUCGUGGCACAUCGCAAGUUUUGACUGUUAAUGGCUGGAACGUACGCUACGACUUCAAGCUAGCCGUCUUUGCAGAGUUCCGACAAGAAAUGGAUGUAGCUCAGAGACAUUAUGAGUCUGCCCUGGAAGAAUUGUUCGGUCCUGAAGGAAGUCUCGAACACACUCCAAGCUGGUCAGCUCGUUGGCAAGAAGCCCGAUUACUCUGCGAUAUCAUCGCCUUCCGUGUCUUACGCUGUCAAAUAUGGAGGGGCAUGACAUCUGGUACUGCCGAAUCCUGGUUCAACUACAAAGAGCGCAUGCGAGAUUUAAUCGAUCGUCGUGGCAAGGGAACUGACAACAGCUACAGCUGGGAAGCCUGGGAAGCGCGCUGGGCGAAGAUGAUGGCGCAGCUUAUCGAGAUGGCCGAUUUGCCCGUCUUCAAAUCAGUGGAUCUGUCCGACCCUGAAGAACAGACUGCCUCCCUUACCAUAUAUGCUCCAGCGGAAAAACUGUAUUCAACCAUGGAACGUAUGAUGCCAUUUCAUCUGCUUCAUCAUCCAGGAUACUGGUGGAGAUUGGCCUGCAAACACCUUAUGGCGCGUAAGAAANAAGCAGAGGCUAUUCCGCAAGAGGAUAGGACACUUCCGAGUGAGACGACUGCAGCCCAACUUGCAAGUCGAACCAGAACAUACGAUACAUACAUGGUUCCCCAGCCUCAUGAGGAGGCACCCUUGUCUGGCCACAGCACUUACGACUACUUGCUGGAUCUGCAAAGCCAGACUGAGCGGGUGGAAAGCAUCAUGUCCAACAGAGGUCAAAUGAGGGCAGUCCAUCAAGUCAAGAUCGACCUCGCGCGUGAAUUCUACAAGGCAGAGCGUUAUGAUGAAGUGCUUCAGACUCUGCAGCCAGUAUGGGAGAACAUGAUCUGGAGACGCGAGAAAUGGUUCGACCUAGCAGUCGAAGUUCUAGAGUUGAUAUACGAUUCUGCAGAAAAGACGGACAACAUCAAACUUCAGGCUGAAAGUGCUUGGGAGCUUACGUAUGAAUGUAAGUGUUCUGCAACCGAAGCAAAGGAUCUCUCUGACGCGCAGCAGNCCCUCAAAUCCCAAAGAAAUAUCGAUAUAUCGCGGUGUUUGUCAACUGGCAGCAACGACGAGCGCAUGCAUAUUCUUCUAGAUACCCAGUCAAGGGUCUGUCCAGGUGAGUUUUCGCAUCGAGGCUAUCGACGCGAGCUAAUAACCAUCAUCAAGNUCACCUUCUCGUUCUCGUUUCUGUCAGGUGCAGGCUUCGUAGGAGAUACUGCUACCUGUCAAGUUGCAGUUGUCUACAAUGCAUCAGUACACAAAAAUGAUUUGACCUUGAGCGAGCUUCGUGUUCACUUCAACACCAAUAUUAAAAGCUUGGUUAUCAACCAUUCCGACAACGUCGGCCAAUCUUUGGCAACAGAGUUGAAGGUCGAAGAAGAGCAUGAUCCAGCACAUCCUAUGGCGAAGGGCUUGUUGACGAGUGCGAAUCUGACAUUCAAGCCUGGUCAACUUCGUGUCUUCAAUCUAACAAUUCCACUUCGCGAUCCCGAUUCAUUUGGCGCUACUGGUGCGUCUUUAGUUCUGAAGGCAUCCGAAGCCACCCUCGAGCACGUGCUCAGUCGUCCGACAGACAUAAGUUCUUCAAACUGGUGGUUACAGUCAGAAGACAAGCUUCUACGAAAGCAAAUCCCUCGAGCAGAGCCAAACACCAUACAAGUACUGCCGAAGCCACCAAAGGUCCAGCUACGUAUCACGAAUCUGAGAGAACAAUACUUCACGGGCGAAAAAGUUACCCUUGAUAUUCAGAUUCUCAACGAGGAAGCAGAGGAGGUCAAUGCCCAUGUACGUGCCGAAGGACAGGACAAUGCAGAAGUCAGUCUACAGCUCGCUUGGAAGGACAACAACAACGAAGCCAACGACACGGACUUGACCAACCUCUCAAUUGGCAAGAUAUCGGCGAAUGAAUCAAAGUCCCAGAAGCUCGAAUUCAAGGCUCCGCUGGAACUUUCAGAAUACACUCUGAGGCUGGAGGUUAAUUACCGCCUGGCCUCAGACCCGGAAACACCUGUCACGAAGACAUUGGAGUCGGUGAUACCCUUCGUCAGCCCCUUCGAGGCCAACUACGACUUUGGACCGCGCUUGCACACAGGAGCAUAUCCAAAUUAUUUCAGCCUACCAGACAUUUCCGAGGAUGACAACGAACAGACGAAACCAGCACGAGGCAUAUCGCAGAGAUGGUGCUUGACCAGCCGCGUCGUAUCCUUCUCUACCCAACCUCUACUCGUCGAAGCAACACGGCUUGUUGUUAAUAGAGUCACCAGCAACGCUGUAUGUGAAGUCGAGGACUCUUCUGAACCACAAAAGAUCUUACGUACUAUGGCUCUGAAGGAUAUGAUGGAUGUUCCUCACAUCUUGGCAGUGCGCAAGUUGACGCUGGAGGAUCGACGCCCUUCUGCAUUGGAACUGUCCUUAGCAGUCACUUGGCGUAGACAAGAUGCUAGCGAUGACGAUACAACAAUCACUAUGCUCGCAGUCCCUAGCAUGACCAUACCGUCUGCCGAGCCUAGGGUACUGUGCACAGCCAGCCUUCCUCCCAACACAGAAGACGAAGCCAUCACUGUCUCAUACACCUUAGAGAACCCAUCGAUGCACUUCUUGACAUUCAAUCUGACCAUGGAAGCAAACGAUCUCUUUGCAUUCAGCGGAUCAAAGCACAGAGCCGUAAGCCUCACCCCGAUGAGUCGCGUCCAGGUCGACUACAGAAUAUUGGUAUAUCCUGUCGAAGAAGAUGCUCUGACAGAACGACGAGGUCAGAAGGGACAUUGGGUCUGGCCAGCACUUAGAGUAGUGGAUGCAUACUUCCAGAAGACACUCAGGGUGCUGGAUGCUGGAGACAGUGUGCAAAGUGAUGAUAGAGGUGGCGUAGGCGUUUGGAUACCCGCCGUAUAG